AUGGAGGGUCUUAUUGAAAUGACCAACAAUGCCUCUGGCAAUAGAGAUUCCAUUGGGUCUUUAGAGGCAAAAGUGGAGAAUCUUAUUACACUAAACAACAGUACUCCUUCUGGCACUGGCGCUGCCGCAAAGUCGCUAGAAAGAAAGAUUGAGAGUAUGGUUGAACUGAACAACAAUACUUCUAGUACAAUGAAGUCCUUAGAAUCAAAAGUACAAAGUCUUGUUGGUCUGAUAAACAAAACCUCUGGCGUCAGCGAUAGCAUGAAGGCCUUGGAGGCAAAGGUGGAGAGUCUAAUUGCACUGAACAAAAAACCCUCUAACGUCAGCGAUGCCAUGAAGUCAUUAGAGGCAAAGGUGGAGAGUCUUAUUGCACUGAACAACAAAACCUCUAGCGUCAUCGAUGCAAUGAAGUCCUUAGAAUCAAAUGUACAGAGUCUCAUUGCACUGAACAACAAAACAUCUGGCUUCAGCGAUGCCAUGAAGUCGUUAGAGGAAAAGGUGGACAGUCUUAUCGCACUAAUCAACAAUACUUCCUCCCCAGUUCCACAACCGGUUCCAAACCCAACAGGUAUUCUUAAAUAAAAUCUACCAAUGUUGAUUAUUAAUUUUACUUCCUUUUGAUACUCAUGUAAAUAAAUGAACUAUUUUUAUAUUUUUGGAUAUGGUCACGUCAGCCGUUUCUGUCGUCUCUUCUUGUAAGGAACAGUACGAAAAAGACAAGUAAGUUAUAUUUUGGUUUCAUUUGUUAGUUAAGAUGGAAACUUUUCCUACUAUAGAUUUUUAUUGUUCGAUGACAAAUAUCCUUAUUCCAUCCUUAUUUCAUGUCGUUGUUGCAAACUUCCUGACUGAGGGUCAGUAGUAGGUUUGAACGAUUUGUUCUAAAACCAAUUUACAUCAGUGGGUCUUAAAAAUUCCGUACAAUUUAGCGAGGUGGAUGCUGGGUUCUAUGUUUCUCUAACAUUACCAAAGAUUAAUUCCUGAUAAUAGUUAAUUAGUUAACACUUAGAGUCAAUAUUUUAAAACAGUUUAUUGAACACAGCCUUUAUUAACUACUCCCCGCCCGCAAUAUCAUAUCCUCGAGACAGCGAUAUAAAAAGCAGAUUAGUGCUCUGCGAUUCUAUGUUAAACGAUUUUUUGCGCCUUAUAUUUUCAUUUGUUUCCAAGUUUGUUUAUUUACGUAUUUCAUGUCGUGACUUACGCAGUGAAUUCGAAGGCUGGAGAACUGUUGCAUAGUACAUAAGAAAUCAAACUCAACUCAAUAUUCAUAAAAGGCUUCAUUCAAGUGUAACCGUCCUUAAUUAAUUGAAUUAACUUAAUAAGGAAUAUUCCCUCAGAUCCUAUUCCUUGGCGAGUUUGGGGGCUUAGGUAAUCUUCAAUGCUCAUGCCUACCCUUGAAGAAUGAGUUUGAAUGAGUUUGGGUGAUGAAUAGUAGUAUAUUCUGUCAGCUUAAGAGUACCUUGCCAACACUAACUUUACUUCGUUUUUUUUCCUCUCUGGUGGUUGAAAAGCCUUUUUUUAUCUCUAUCUAAGGCUGCUUACAGGCUUUUAAGGCCUUAUUUUUUUCCAAAAGCUUUUCAAAUGACAAUCCAUCAUAGUUGUUACUGGUCGUGGUGGUGGUGGUAAGUGGGUAGGGACCCGCCGGUUGCAACUACUUUACCCAACAAGAUAACCGAAUGAAUUUGUAUAUAAUUACCUCCAAAAGGUUUAUUGCCUUUCAUUUAACAUGAACUUUGUCAAACAGUUUCUCAGUUCACAUAUUGGACUCAUAGCUACGGGUUUAUUAAGGACAAAUGACAGUGUACCCUCUGAAACCUACACCUCCUCCUCCUACCUGCGACCGGAAUUUCUGUCUGCGAGUGAAGGUUAUAAGUACUAGAUAGUUACUUCUGUAUUGGUAGCUGUUGUGACAGACGUUGCCACCAACAUCUAGAUGGUACCUUGAAAUAAAGGUGCGAAAUUGUACAAUCAUGAGUGUCUCAAAUUGCCCUAAACAUGGAAUUCGAUUAAAUAUCGCCCUAUGCUAGGAAUCUAUGACAGUUUUGGACUCCGGAGUUCCAAGCAGUGGAUUCCGGAUUGCAGGUACUGGAUUCAGGAUUCUUUGUCAAUGUCAAUUAGAUUGGAUUCCAGUCGUUAGUGGGGGAUUUGGGAUCCCUUCAGCUGAGUUCCGGAUUCCACCAGAAAAAAUUUCCCAGACUCUGGAUUUCCCAGGCACAAAUUUUCCGGAUCACGGAAUCCGGAUUCCCUUACGUGUGUCAAUAAAUAGCAAUUCCCGCUUGUCAUUAUCAGGAACUCCUUGCCUCGACACAGACCUUUUAAUAUUAUACACUUAAUGUGAGAUCCCGAGGGAAACAGUUAGUUUUGUUUUCCCGAGAGUCCUGAUGUUUCCCGAGACGCUUCGUGUUUGUGUUGUUAUGUUCAUUCACGAAAAAGAAAACUGGCCGUGUUUUUCUCGCCUUCUGUCACGCCACUUUCCACCAUGCUUUGAUCACGUGCUGUAAUGUAUCCCAAGCGGGGUACAUUGCUUAAUGCAUCACGAUCGAGAUACUUUUGAUUUUAGUCAAGGCCAAAUGACCAAGAAUCAACCAAUGGCAGUCCCUGUUUAGUUGAGUGAAAGUCUAGGAAUAUAACAAUACAAUUUGUUUUGCAGAGGACCUUCCGCUUCUCUUCUCCACUUUGGAGUGACAGAAAUACAUACAACAUUGCAGGCGGAAUGACUGGUUUUGACAAUCAAGAAACCAAACUUCCAACCUACUGGAGCACAAAUUUUUCCAAGAUCUGUCUCGGAAUGAAGAUCGGCAGUCAGACUAGGUUCGUUGCUCUUAACCAGACUGCUACCUCUCUUCACGCCCUCAUCUCCGACGGAGCGUUCCGUACAAGCGAUCUGGGUCGUGAGCGCUGGAAGAUGCUGAUUGGUCCUCAGGGCUCCUUGCAGCAAAACUGCAAUAGAGAAGGGUUUAAUGCAGUUUGCAGUGGAACUAGUAAUCCUUCGAAAGCAAGAAUCGGUAUCCUUGGAAACAACAAAAACGACUGUGUUAGCUGUGAUUCUAGAAUCGGAUUUGGCAUGAAAGGGGAGCCAGAUAGUUCCAUCAGAUGUGGAGUUGCAGCACGAAACUAUGCGGAUAAUGGCGAAAAGUACGUUAAUGCAUUUGGAUACAUCUUAGUGCAAUAGAAAUGAGCCAGUACUGCGAUUUAUGAGACUGCAGACAACAGAUUGCAGAUAGGGCCUGUAAAUUGACUGACACUAAAAUAACUCCUAACAAAGAUGGCGUCAUCAGCAACAUUAACUAGAUCCCCGGCUUCUAAGAAAAAGCUCUCUCUGGAUAUGUCAACCUAUCCAGUAAUUUCACAAAUUUAGGGGUUCAGGACGUCAUCUCUUCGCUUCUCUAUUGCGAGGAAUCAUUGCGCAUCGAGAACUUGCUGCUGCUCCUAAACUAGUAUAGGGACCCCCAGAUUUCAUUUCAAAAGUUAAGUUUCUAUAACAUGAACUACCAAUCAGUAAAGUUUGACAAAAAUCCUACUGCAGGUUCUACUUCAGAGGAAUAAUCGUAAAUUUAGACUUAUUACACAUGGGAACGAGGGGGUAGCCGGUUUUAUGCUAAGAAUUCAGGUUGUCAUAUAUCAGCUCAUAUUUGAGAUAUUGGAAGAAAAUUUUCAGCGCUUAAAUCCGCUUGCAAAGUUCAUUUAAAUACGGUAUAAACAUGGGGAGAUUUAAAAGUUUAAAAUGUGACCUAGUAAUUUGACAUUUGGUAUUAACUUCUAUGCCAAUCUAAUUGGCCUGAGGUUUCAUAUUAACAGCCAACUUUUGCCAGAAAAAUACAUACAUACAUAACAGAAUUAGGCGUAUCAUUUUUCUGGCGAGGAAGCUCAAUUUGAGACUGUGAAUGUGGGGCUUAUCGAUCACUAUGAACUCCCUCCCUAACUAAUGACUAUAAAUAAAGAUAAACUUUUCCAUUUGAAACAUGUCAGAGAGAAUUUAAGCCUCUCACGCAGACGGCAGGAACGCGUGACGAACCCCUAAGAACGUCUGCUUGGGAGGCUAGGAGAAUUUCAAUAUUUUGUAACUUUUUAAAAAUAUGUAGCUUCGGUAUAAGCAUCAAGAUAGCUUUUUGGAAGUAGUUCUAAUACAAAUACACCUAAAUGCAAUACAGCCAUAACACCGUCAUGGAUGACUGAAAAAACAAAACAAAACAAAACAAAAGAAUAAAAGGAUCGAAAAAACGUACCAAGAACAAAUUUGCCAUAAUCGCUACAUUCAGGGAUCUGGGGUGUUUACCAUUGACACAAACCACCCCUGUGAAAAUCUUGUGCAUGAACGUGAACUAUUAAAUUUAACAUGGGGGUGGGGAGAACGACCCGCUUCUGAGUGGAACAAAAUCAAGUGAGCAGACUAAAAAGAGUAGAAAAAUUGCAUCGCUGCAAUUAGAUCACAGCUCACGUUUCCUGAAGCUUCCCAUACAAAUUGGCGCGAACCAUUUGAUCUUCAAACCGGAAUUUCCGGUUUUUGCUCAUAAAAAGGUAAGUACUCCUAAGUCUGGCUAAAGGACAAAGCUCAAGAGGUCCUUCAUUCUCGUCCCCAGAGCCACUCGGUUUAAUUUGCAACGAACCAGUGGCUCCGGUGACCAAGAAACGACGGGCUCUGGGGACGAGAAUGGAGGUCCUUGCAAUGGAGAAUCCGUUUGGUAUAAGAUUGCUUCUGCGGAAAUGCGGGAUUGGCGCUGGGGAUCAAGACCGAGAGCGAAGAAAAUAGGGUCGCAAGUUUCACUGGGUGAUAAUAAUAUGCCAAAUUUGCACACAAGUAAACUAUCAAGUAAUUCAGACGUUACUUCAAAUCCAUACAAAUUGUGAUGUAUUUGUCAUUUGUUCAGCUUGGCCUGAUGAUUGUGUCGUUUUCCGUUAAUGACGCCACUUAUUCGUCGAUGAACGCAAGUAACAGUCUGCAAAAACCUCGCCUUAACAAGACGCCGGUUAAUAAUUGCAACUGCCAUUGCACUGUAAAUCAAAAUUCGCGUAUGAGGUCCUUAGAAGCAAAAGUGGAAAGACUUGUUGCGCUUAUCAACAGUACUUCAGGCGUCAGCUAUGCCAUAAAGUCCUUAGAAGCAAAGGUAGAAAGCCUUAUAGGACUAAACAACAGUUCUUCUAGCGUCAGUGAUGCUGUAAAAUCCCUAGAAGCAAAGAUGGAGAGUCUUAUUGGAGUGAUCAAUAGUACUUCUUCUUUCAUUCCACAAAUGACUCCACAACCUACAGGUAAACAAGAUGAAAAUUAUUAAUGCUGAAUCAUAAGUUUACAUACUGUGAUCUGCAUGCAUAUCAACAACAAUUAUUUUCAUUUUUUCGGUUAUAGUCACAGCAGCCGCUUUUGUCUCUUCUUGCAAGGAACAAUUCCAGAAAGACACGUAAGGAACUUAAUCGUUUAAUUUCUAGUUUUAUACUACUUCAUGAGAAAUUUCUGCAAUUUGAUUGGUUUAGAGCAGUGGUAUUUCAGCUUAAUUUGAAAUACCUACAUGUGGAAAUUACAAACUUUUUGUGGGUAGUAGUGUAAACAAGUAAUAGCAUGACUUGUACGUGAUAUUUGGAAUAAAUACCACUCGUGAUAUUUCAAAAUUGUCUCAAAUUUCACUCGCCUAAUGGCUCGUGAAAUUAUGUAUAACAAUUUCGAAAUAUCACUUGUGGUAUUUAUGCCAAAUAUCACUACAAAUCAUGCUAUUACCUAUACAAAAAAGCCUUCGUCUUGUGUAUAAAUUUGUUUUUGGGAAAUGAAAAUAAAUGCUUCGUAUAUACGGAAAAUAUCCUUAUCGUAAUCUUAUAUUUACGCUUUCUGGGCUUAAAGCAUUUACUGAAUCAAGCCGCCCUGCCUUAAGUUUAAAGAUUCCUACCGUUGCACUGUUGAAAUCGGCUUAAUAUCUCGACUUUUUUCGCGCGGCUUUAAAAAUGUUUGAGUUAACAACUAAAGUAAAAUGUUAUGCAUUUAGAGCCUAGGUGCUAGAUUCCUGGUAUGUUAAUAUCAAGACUACAGUCCUUUCCAGAAGAUGUCGAAGACUUUGAGGCACCAUAACCACACAAUUAUAUACAGCUCGAGCUAUAUUUAAAAAAAAAUACAGAAGAAAAAAGUACAAAACAGGCUAAUUUCUCAAAACUAAAUAACUAAUUCGCGUGAACACAACAGUAUCUUUCACAAAGUUGCUGUCUGUAAAGUUUUCCGGGUGGAUAUCAUUGCCAUCAAUGCUAAUCUUAGUCUUCCAUUUUCCCUUUAAGAACAUAUUGAUUCUUGGUAAAAUACUAUCACGAAUUUUGCACGUUUUUGGUAGAAGAAAAUAUAGACUCCACCGCUGGCUUUUUUAAAAAAACGUCAUAGACUUUGUAACUGUCUUUUUUUUUUUUGGGAGAAUUGUCUGUUUUGCCCCUUUUGUUCAUUCAAUAUAUAUAUUUAUUUAUUCCAUACUGAGGGUUAAAAUAGUUUAUGUCACAAAGAGCUACAUUUAUUUAAGUAUUGUAGCUCAUCGGCCGUCUUAAAUUAAUUGAAUUAAAUGGUGGUUUACAACAAAAUGCUAAUAAGUAACAAGUGAAAACUCUUCGGUAUUCUGUUCAAAGGCUCUCGAUUGUACAGGUCUUAGUUGAAAAUAGUCUCAAAUAAAGUUACUUGCUUUAAAAGUGUUUUUGCCUUUUUGUUGGUUAAAAUAAUCAUGUUUCUUCUAGAGCUCGUCACAGGCUAUCUGUUAGGGCUAUAACCCUUCAAAAACAUCUCAACUUAAGAAAACCCCAAGGGAGUUGGCGAGGCAGGGGGAUGGGGGAAUGGGGUGCAACACACCCCUACCAUAACCAAGUUGAGGGUAUGAAUCUGCUUAUACGUUCAAAGGUUAACUAUGCGAUUAUUUAUCUAGUUUGUCAAAGAGUCAAGUAUUUACCCUGAGCGUCGAUUCUAAAACAAUUCCUGUUUACUGUCACAUGGGAGACUUUGGAUGUGGAGGAGGAGGAUGGACGCUGGCCUUAAAGACGGACGGCUUGAAGGUACUAGAAAGUUUGGUGUUUGCAGCUCUCCUGACCGACGUUGUCAAAAAGCAGCUGGUUCUUUGAGAUGGAGCGUGAUAACAUGCAUUUAGAGCUGUGUUGCGACUUUACCUUUCGAACAGGAAAACAAGCAAAGCUAAAGCGCAAUUCUUUCUUCUAUACAGUUAUUGUAAACCUAAUUUUCUAUCCAGUCUGUGAUUUAGGAGUGUACUGAUCGAUCGCUUAAUUAAACUUGCUAAUAUACGAUUAGCUACCGUUCUAUAACCAGUUUAUGUGAAAAGACUUAAAGGUAGUCUAUGACACAUUAACCAUCAAACUGAGAUACGGACCGGCCUUUGCGCCUUCUACCUUGAGAAAAUAUGUUUGAGGACUAGGCCGCCCAAUACAGUCAAUGUACUAUGCAAAUUCAUUAACUAAUGAAAAUUACAAUUUGUUUUUCAGGGAACAUUCCGCUUCAGUUCUCCACUUUGGAGUAACAGAAACCCAUACAACGUUGCGGGUGGCAAGACAGGUUUUGACACUCAAGAAACAAAGUUACCAACCUACUGGAGUACAAGUUUUACCAAGAUCUGUCUCGGGAUGAGGAUCGGAAAUCAGAUUAGGUUUGUUCUUCAAAAUCAGACUGCCACCUCUCUUCACUCCCUCAUCUCCGACGGAGCGUUCCGUGCAACCAGCCUGGGCCGUCAUUCCUGGAAGGCGCUGAUUGGUCCUCAGGGCUCCUUACAGCGCAACUGCAAUAGAGAAGGGUUUAAUGCUGUUUGCAGCGGAAAAAGUAAUCCUUCCAAAACAAGAAUCGGUAUCCUUGGAAACAACCAAAACGACUGCGGCAGUUGCGAGUCCAGAAUCGGAUUCGGGAUGGAAGGGGCGCCAGAUGGUUCCAUAAGAUGUGGAAUUGCGGCACGAAACAAAGCUGAUAAUGGGAAAAAGUUCAUCAACACGUUUGGAUACAUCUUGGUUCAAUAG